AAAAAUUAAUAAAACAACAAAUGACUUUGAGAAAGCCGUUGUCCAGCUGAGCUGUGUGGGUGGGACAAAUCUAAUAUUCCUUCUUUAAAUAAAUACUUCUUGUUAUGAAUCCAAUUCAUAAUUAAGCUCUUCGAUCUUAACCACUGCCAAUUAAUCUCUCUCUUUUUCUUUGUUCCUUCUGUAUUUCAUCUUUGGGUAUGGCUGCUUAUUAUAUAUCUUUAUUAUUACGUGGAGGCUGGUCAUCAUCAGCUGUGGCUGUGGGCUUUGCUAUAUGCAUCCUUGUGCUAUCGAAUACCAGUACUUGUGGUGUUGCUGCUGCUCGUCAGAUGGAGGAGAUCCCGUCGCCGAUGCCGAGAAGUCUUCUGGCAAAUCAACUUGCUCCAACGCCACCUAUGGGAUGGAAUAGUUGGAAUCACUUUGCCUGCCACAUCCAAGAGGAAUUGAUCAGGGAAACAGCGGAUGCAAUGGUGUCAACCGGACUUGCAGCACUGGGAUAUAAGUAUAUAAAUCUAGAUGAUUGCUGGGCUCAACUCAAUAGAGACUCUAAGGGAAAUUUGGUACCUAAGGCUUCGACGUUUCCCUCUGGAAUAAAGGCAUUAGCAGAUUAUGUCCAUAGUAAAGGGUUGAAACUUGGGAUCUAUUCUGAUGCUGGAAAUGAGACAUGCAGUAGACAAAUGCCCGGAUCACUAGGUUAUGAGGAACAAGAUGCAAAUACUUUUGCUUCCUGGAGGGUUGACUACUUGAAGUAUGAUAACUGUUAUAAUGAUGGCACAAGCCCAAAGGAAAGGUACCCAAAAAUGAGCAAAGCUUUAUUGAAUUCUGGAAGACCCAUCUUCUUCUCUCUAUGUGAAUGGGGACAAGAAGACCCUGCGACUUGGGCUGCAAGGAUCGGAAAUAGUUGGAGAACGACAGGAGAUAUUCAGGAUAGCUGGGAGAGCAUGAUAUCUCGUGCAGAUCAAAACGACAAAUGGGCAUCUUAUGCUGGACCAGGAGGAUGGAAUGAUCCUGAUAUGCUUGAAGUUGGAAAUGGAGGAAUGACAACAGAGGAGUACCGUGCACAUUUCAGUAUAUGGGCGUUAGCUAAGGCUCCUUUAUUGAUUGGAUGCGAUAUUCGAUCAAUGGACAAUAUGACAUUUGAAUUACUAAGCAACAAGGAAGUUAUUGCAGUUAAUCAAGAUAAACUUGGAGUUCAAGGGAAAAAGGUUAAGAAGGAUGGAGAUUUAGAGGUUUGGGCUGGUCCUCUCAGUGAUAACAAGGUAGCAAUAAUCCUGUGGAACAGAGGUUCAUCAAAGGCUACGGUUACUGCUUAUUGGUCUGAUAUAGGCCUCAAACCAGAAACUGUUGUCAGUGCACGAGAUUUAUGGGCGGUAAGAUUUCAUUCAACACAAUCAUCCGCACAGGGACAAUUCUCACUCGAAAAAAAGAAAAAGAAAAAAUCAGUUCAGGGACAACUCUCUGCCAAUUUGGAGUCCCAUGCUUGUAAAAUGUAUGUCUUAACUCCUCAAUAAAGAUGGAUUUCGUCCGACCUAUUUCAAGGCAAUCAGAUAGAUAUGACUUGUAAUAUCUGGUGGUUUGUUUAAAUCACUUAACAGACUGAUCAUUUAAAUAUAAAAAUAAUGGAUGGGAGUAGAUUAUAGCAAA